GUUAAAUAGGAUUUUUGCAUAAUAUGCUCUACAAUAUACACACUAUCCAUAGAACCCACUUUUCCAUGAUGCAUUCCUUUUCUAUUUCUCCAACAUUAUAAAACCCUCCUACUCCCUCUUGCUUUAAACCAACUUCUUCCCACAAAAAUAAAUUAAUUAUACAAACUCUUUCAGAUUCAUCUUUCACUCUUAUAAACCAAAUAAAAUCAAUGAUUCCGGCGGGAAUCACCGCAUAUUGUCAAUAUUUAUCGCCGGAAAAUUUAGCAACACUUCCGGUGGAAUUCAACAUGAUAAACAUGCCGUCAUCUCCAACAUCUUCCUCUUCCUUAACAUACUUAAAUGAUCUCAUCAACAACAACUUCUCAUCAUCAUCCAACGGUCAAGAUCUCAUGAUGAGCAACAACUCAACUUCCGACGAAGAUCAUCAGCAUCAUCAUCAUCAGAGCAUCAUCGUACUCGACGAGAGGAAACAGAGGAGGAUGCUUUCAAACAGAGAAUCCGCUAGGAGGUCGAGGAUGAGGAAACAGAGACAUCUUGAUGAACUCUGGUCUCAGGUGAUAAGGCUUCGCAGUGAAAACAACUGUCUUAUUGAUAAGCUGAACCGUGUAUCGGAGACUCAAGAUAGCGUAUUGAAAGAGAACUCUAAACUCAAAGAAGAAGCUUCUGAACUCCGACAGCUUGUAUGUGAACUAAAAUCUAAUAAGAACAACGACUAAAACAACAACUUUGUAAGAGAGUUCUCGGAAUGAGAUUAUGGUUUGUGUUUUCUUUGUAUCAACAGAAAAAGAUCGAGGGGAUUUUGAGUUUUGGUUCUUUCUCGAAUAAAAAUAUAUUAGUAUAUUAUAUUGUAUGCAUAAGUAUAUAUACUGAAGUUAAAUAAUACUGACUUAGUUCUUGAGCAUAUAUAUUUCUGUUAUCUACUCUCUCUUCUUUGUAUAUCUUUAAUUUAUUAUGACUUGUGAGUAAUCAUAAUUAUAGACAUUCCGGGUAACGUAUUAAUAGUACAUUACAUAUCUGAUUAAUAACAUGCACAAUAUUACACAGCUCUGCAGAUUCGGAUUCUAAUUGAUUUAUAUAUUUCGCAUUUCCAUUAAUUUAUUUUUUUGUAAAUAACAAUAAU